UAUUUCGUUGUGACGGUAUCGGGAUAAAUUUAAAGAAAAUUAAUAAAAUAAAUCAAUGAAUUAGCAAAGAUCUAUAAUAAGCCGUUAUUUAAACAAAAUGAAAUUCAUUGUUGAACAUUUGAGUAAAAAUUCGGGACGUUUAGGUCAAUUAGUGCAACAAGAAACGGGAAAACAAUUCAAGACACCUUUACUUGUGCAGACGACGAAAGGCGGCAGCAUUCCAUAUCUCUCCCGCGAGGUAUUCGAUAGUGUAACACCGGAAUGUCAAGUUUUGCAAAUGUCUUUGGCCACCAUGGAUCACAUGAAAGAAGCUCUAGGCCAAUACAAAGGCAGUGGUGGUGGUUUAAGUGAAUAUGUGGGCUAUAAAGAUUAUCCCGCCAUAUUGACCAUAAGAGAUCCUUGCGAACUGAUGCCUAGCGGAUCCAAUGAUAAAGAUAUGGUACCACUCUUUACAAGGCGCGGCAAAGAAACUCUGACCCCACAAAAGUAUAUAGAGUUAGUGGAGACCUUUAAACCGGAUAUAUACCAAGGCCUAAGUGAUGCUGAUACCAAUUUCGAUAGCGCCAAGAAGAGAAUACAAAAGUCUGUAGAUCGCACCGAAAGUUUCAUGUAUUUUUGCUAUGAGCAGCAUAAACAAUCGCAGAUGUUGAGCAAAUCCUGCCUAUUUACUCCCAUAGUUGGUGGUUACAAUACUUACAAUCGUUCCCAGUCCAUAAAACAUGCCAAAGAGUAUGGCUCGGGGAAAUAUGGAGGUUUUAUCUUUGAAGGUUUUCACAAUUAUGGUCUAACGGCUACCGAAGUUACCUCUGAACAACUUGUACCCAUAAUGAGCCACUGUCUGAAAGAGUUGAGCGAAGAGAAACAGCAGCCUUUAAUGUUGCCAGGUGCUUUUACACCUCUGGUUAUGCUGGAAUUAAUACAACUGGGUGUAGAUAUCUUCGAUACAUCCUAUGCCUAUUGUGCGGCUGUGAAUUUUAAGGCCUUAUCGUUUAGUUUUAAAGUGAAUGGUGACAGUGUUGGCGGUGGUGAGGGCGGUAAUGUUCCAGAAACACCCUUUAUAGAUGUCACUGAUGAGUGCCUUAAGGAAGACUUUAGACCUUUGCUCAAAGACUGUUCAUGUGUAGCGUGUGAAAAUCACACCAGAGCUUAUAUACACCAUUUGUAUAAAACUUCAGAGUUAUUGGGACCCAUACUGUUGAUGAUCCACAAUUUGCAUCAUUUGAUGGAGUUCUUCAAGAGCAUACAUGAAUGCAUUUCCAGCGAUACCCUAGAUAGUUUAAUAAAACUUUUGCGUCAUCAGGGUGGUGAUAAAGUGGUGGAAUAUCGUAUAGUAGCCAAUACUAAAGUUAUUAGUAGGGCUGGACUGGGCAAAGGAUUUGCAGAUAGUAAAUCGUGAAUUGAUUUUUAUGUUUUUUUUUUUUUUAUAUUGACCUAUUGAAAGUAUGAGUAAAUUUUACUAAAAACAUCA